AUGGCAGAUUCAAAAGAACUUCCCACCUUUCUCACCAACACCAACCUCGAUCCAUCCUUCGACACCGACAUCAAAGACACCCAUUUGAUCUACGACUACGCAGCUCAAGCCGAAGACGGCACACCCGAGAAAUGGCGCUAUGAGAUGUGGUUCUUUUCCUCCAACCGCAUCGUGUAUGCCAUCCACGGCGGUCCCAUGGCAGGCCGCAUAAACUACCAAACCUGCACUUACCAAUGCAUCCGCCCGGGCGAAUUGUGGCAAUGCAACUGGCUGGAGGAAACAGGUACAAUCUGUUCCUUGGUGUAUGAUAUCAAGAACCAGACCAUUACAACUCUGAUUGCGUUUUCAAAGGGACAUUGGAAUAACGCAAAGGAAGCUAGAGGUGACAAGAGAGAUGCAGAGGUGUUUGAGAGGUGGAGGGGUUUGGCUAAGCAGGGAACGCAGACUGAGAGGUACAUGUUGAGUGAGCAGGCAAAGAUUGCUGAGAGGUUCAAGGGUAAGGGGGAGUUGGUGCCUAUUGAGCAGGAUGCUGUGACCUUUUAG